AUGUUCAACUGGGCCAAGUCAACGUUGGCCGCAGCCGUCGGCACUCAGGAGCCCAUUUACGGCCCUGAAGCUGUGCAGCCUGUCGGAAAGAAUGCAGGAGAGCCUGCUUACACUGAGUUGACCAAGCAGAAUCUCAAGUGGGCUUCGCUGGACUACACAAAUGUCGAGACGCAGAGCUUUUACAUCUUCACCGAGGAUGGCCAUAUUGCUAUGCUGCAGGUCCUGUACAGCAACGUAGCCGGCCUACGAGUGACUGCACAGUUCAACUGCAAGCUCUUCUACCCCAACAACGAGAAGCCCGCGCUUUGGGCAAGCAAUCCCCUCUCCAACUACGGUUUCGAUGAGGCGCAUCAGUCCUUCCAUGCGGACAGUGUCUCCGUCGAGCUCUCCGAGGAUGGCUCUUUCUACACCAUCAAGGCUGCGGUGAGCGAGACCAGCUUGGUCAACGUCAAGUUCACUAGGACUGCACCGGGCUUCAUGGGCGGCAAGAACGGCACAACCAACUUCGGCACAGACCCCAAGCAGCCGUGGGGUUCCAUGCACCACCACUUCUGGCCGAGAGCCAGUGCUGAGGGUUCUAUAAUCACCAAGGCUGGAGAGGUUAAGAUGAAUGGCCGGGGAAUGUUCAGCCAUGCGCUGCAGGGAAUGAAGCCUCAUCAUGCUGCGUCGCGAUGGAACUUUGUCAACUUCCAGUCCCCCUCGUUUUCCGCCAUCCUUAUGGAAUUCACUACCCCGCCAUCCUAUGGUUCGUCUGUUGUUAGGGUCAGUGGCAUUGCAACAGAGGGCAAGCUGCUCAUCGCCGGCAUCAACGGCGAAGCUAAACACACCGCCAUAAAGCAAGAUUCUGACAAUGACUGGCCAGAGCCUACCUCGACAAGCUACAACUGGGUUGGCAAGACCGAAGAUGGACAAGAAGUUACUGCAGAGCUUGCCGGUUCUCUCGGACCCAGGUGGGAUCGUGUGGAUGUCAUGGCCGAAGUGCCUGGUUUCGUCAAGGCCAUUGUCGCAACAGCCGCGGGCACGAAGCCAUACAUUUACCAGUACGCGCCAAAGUUGACCAUCAAGGUCAAGGUCGGAGACGAAGUCACGGAGGAAGAAGGUACCCUGUUCACUGAGGCGACUUUCAUUUCAUAA